AUGGAAGCCGUGCUCGUGUCGCGCAACCAGGGGGGCCAGUCGACCACCGACCGCACCCUCGACCUCAUCCUCGCAGGCGACGGCAAGCGCCAGCGCCAAGCCCUCGACUCGCUCCCGGCAUCUGAAUGGUCUACGUCGAGCGCACCUCAUGCUCAUCCGGGAGCAGCUCAAGCAGCACAAGACCCACAAGACGCGUCCUACAAGCCUCAUGCGCUCGGCACCUACUCCAAGUUCGGCUCGGACGAGCCCAACGAGCUCGCGACCUUCAUCCAGGGCCGCGAGGCGUGGCACGGCAACGCAGAGCUGCGUGACGAUGUCGAGGACGACCUGCGUGCCUUUGCCGAGCAGAGCGACCACACCGAGGGCUUUCUCCUCACGUCGCAGCACUCGACGGGCUUCUCGGGCCUCACGAGCUCAUUCCUCGAGACGCUGCGCGACGAGUUCCCAAAGAGCGCCAUCUGGGUCACGGCCAUCCUGAGCGACGCGCGAGGGUGGAAGCGGCCCGACUCGGAUCGCGCCAAAGCGCAGCGGCUCCUGAACGAGGCGCUCGGACUCGUCGCCGUCGAGGACGUCGCGAGCAUGGUGCUCCCCGUACAGCCCGUGCAGACGUAUGACGCCUACGUCGAGGGCAAGAGCAGGGACGAGUGGCGCAGGUUCCUCCGCGACGACAUCGACUCGGCCGAGGCGUACCAGCAGGUACUGACGAUGCACCUUCAAAGCGCCGGCAGCGAGCUUCGUGAGCCCGACGUCCUUACCUCGGUCAUUGAGCAGCUCAACUGGCGCGGCGGCACCAAGAUCGCGUCGCUCUCGGGCCACACGCCGCUCGCGCCUGCGCCGUACUACGGCUCGAGCGGGAGCGACGAGGCGAGGAGAAAAGUCAGGGCGGGCGAGAGGGACUUUAGCGCGUGGCGAGGCGACGAGGAGGACGAGGCUGAGCGGGCGAGGGACCGUCAGGUCAAGGAGAAGAAGCGCGACGACGAGGUCCCGUUCGCGCAGUACAGCGUCGUGCGCGGGCUCGACUUUGAGGAGAGCCAGGAGAUGGGCCCUCUGCUCGAGGAGGCGGUCAAGCCGCUCAAGGAGCCUCUCGUACGAUGGGUGUCCCUCCCCGACCCUUUCCCGAUCCUCGCCACCUCGCCGCCCGUCUUUCGCGGCCUGCACCCGCACACCGGCCACCCUCUACACCUCCCUACGCCCUCGACUGCGCUCCCGCUCCUCUCGUCCGACGCACCUGCGCCCUCGGCCGCCCUCUUUGGCCUCCCCGAAGCGCGCUUCCCGCCCGCCCUCACCUUCUCGGCGCAGCAGCCGCGCGCCGUCCCGGUCCUCACGACGCUCUCGACGCGCCCGAGCACGGCGCGCUACGUGCGGCACCUCGCGCGCGGCAUGCGCGAGCUGCGGCGGGUCCGAGCGGGGGUCCUGCGCGAGUACGACGAGGGCGAGUUUGCGCUCGGGCGCGAGGGCGUCGACGAGGCGAGGGAGCGGCUCGAGGCGCUGUGGGACGGGUAUGGUGGCGCCGACGAGGACGACGAGCGCGAGGGGGACAAGGACGCCGACGAGGACUGGACGGCGACGGAGCAGGUCGACGACGAGUGGGACUUGUAGAGCCGGUCGUGCGACGAGUGCGCAGUGCAGCUGUACGCCUCGUUCUUCCC